UGCUGACAACGCGUGACGCAAGCAGAUGUUGCGUCGAAUCAGCGGGUUCUCCGCGGUACCGCAAUCUGUCGAAGCUGAAUUCAAGCGGCUGGCGGCAAUUUUAUCGCCUGUGGUGAAACACCGGGAAAAGCCAGCGUAAACGUUUCGCUACGUGAAGGACCUUCUGUGCUUAGUCAGUGCGAUCAGACGUGAGCACUGCCGACGGCCAUCGUAUAACUUCGUUGCAGCAUGGCGGCGUUUUUCUGCGGUCGAGAGCUCGCUUUGCGUGCUGGAUUUCUGUCCGUCUUCUGUUUUCUGGCCUUCGGACAAGGCAUGUCGAAGCCCGGUGACUGCACUCCAGACGCGGUGUUUAAGUGCUACGACAUGUACCGGCUUGAGCUGAAGGGAGCUCAGGCCCUUGCCGACGAGGGCACAUACCAGGAAGAGCUCAACAAGAAGUGCAGCCUCAUCAAGGACAAGUUGCCGUGCCACAAAGAGAUCGCCUCGUGUCCCGAGAUGUCAAGGUCGAACUUCAGCUCCCAUGAGCGCGGUUACCAGGCUGUGAGGGACAUCAUCUGCGACACGAAGGCUCUGAAAGAUUCCUACGUUGCCGGCAGCUGUGAGGAUGGGCAGAAGCUGAUCGACUGCCUGGUGGAAUGGACUUUCCGCCAUUACGAUGACGAUCCUCCCAGCGAUGAAAAUGUUCGCCUAUGCAGGCGUCUGCGGGGCUCGCUGGCGUGCUACGAAGAGACAUUCAUCGCGUCGUCGUGCCCUGUCCCGUUGCAAUCGGCCAAGCCGGCUUACGCAAGGACCCAGGAGGCGCUCGUCAAGCUCGUCGGCUGCGAGGAGCCGAACGGGUCGAUGCAGCUGUCUUCGGAUCCUCAAGGACUGCUGCUCGCGAUGGUGGCCAUUGCUUUUGUCCGCUGGACGACGUCUUGAGAAUGUAUAACUUACAAGGAGACGCUAUUAGGAAGCACUAAAUCAGCUUAGACUUAUGAAAGACGAUUUCGAAACUCUCUUUUUUUUAUAUUUCGCUGUCAGAAUCGUACUGAAACGUUCCGCACGCAGUCCAAUAAUUCCAUAUGUUGGUCGCGCGAUUCUUGUGAAAACAGCACGCAACUUAUACGGAAUCCGGCUCAUUUAGAUUCCGUAAUAAUUAUACUGGAAUCAUACAGAAAGUACAACCGCCCAAAUCUUUAACUAGCGUGCGCGAGCGGCGACUUUCUGUGCGCCAGCAUCUUAAAGUUAGGAACAAGCUUACAAAUGACUAUGCUAUCUUCACGAGCUUUUUGAGCAUAUAGUCAGAUCGCAUAGUCAUUUGUAAGUUUGUUCCUAAUUUAAGGUGCUGGUGCACAGAAAGACGCCGCUCACGCACGCUAGUUAAAGAUUUGGGCGGCUGUACGUGGAAGUAUUGGACUGGCAUAUGAGAUAUUUCAGUGGGUAAGUGAAGGACAAGAGAAAAUGAAGGGCAAACUACCAUUUCUGGAGUUGGGCGCCGAAACGCCAUCGUCCAUACAUACACGUCGGCGUGACGUCACAUAUUUCGAAGUAUUCUCGUAUUUCGGCGUUGUGGCGCAGGCAGUUCUCUAAAGUUCUCUAAAGUUGUCGAGUUCAGUUACUGGCUCUUGUAGACUGCAAUCGUAGUCCAUCUUUACCGAUAAAAUAUCAACUGUAGGCCCGAGCAGACGUCGCCAAAGUACAUGACGUCACGGCGUGCAGGUACUGGAAUUUCAAUGCGGCGUCGCAACCCACCUUUCGUAUUUGUGUGUUUUCUGGAUUGCCAAGCCUCGUCUCGCGGUAAGAGCGCUUCUUCAUUCAAUCAUAUUGACACUCCGGGCGAAUUUUCGCCGUAGCCGUGAUGUUCUUCUUUUGGCACCGCAGACGUGUAAUUUACUAGUGCAGAUCAACUUAGUUUUCUCUUUAUAGGACUUAUUUGAAGGAAGUCUAAACAGAAAGUUAAUCUAGAUUGGUGAAUUACAGUUCCGGAAUACUAGAUAGAGUCGCACCGUAGUCUGAGCCGGGAUGAGCAAUGAAUGGACGAAACAAAAAUGGAAGACUGGAGGUGGCGCCAUUUUCAAAUUCCCGCUACCCGCAGCGUUGUGUAGACUUUGACGUCUGCUCAUGGCUAGCUUGAGUGCUUACCAACAAAUUACGAUAAGUGCGUUAAGAAGUAUGAAAAUUAUGAAGUAUGAAAAAAAGUAUAUGAAAGCUUGUGUAACUUUAGCAAACUAUACCUGCACAAAAGCGAAUGGUAUCGUGAAAAAAUAGUACACCAAUAUUGUUGCAGUUAUCAGCACCGCACUUGGAACGUUCAGUUGAACAGAAAAAAAAUGGUAUUGCACCAUUCUCUUUCUUAAUAAUCGUUUUUGUACCGAUAAAUAAGGAUAAAGCCUUUGAGUAAUACAUAUCCAAUCUAAGCGGAUUUAGUGCGUCUCUUUAACGUUCCGUAACGCUGAAUCAAUGCAAUAGGAAACAGUAAAUGACAAUGCCCGUAUAUACAUGAAGUUUUUUAAGUAUGAACGCUAUAGACAUGUGAACGGCUGCGAACCUGAUAGUUGCUCCCGAGUAGUGAGGUGGAGGAAUUAAACUUGGCAGGGUAUAUAAUUUUGGCGUAGCUGGUCUCUUUGCAGGACAAGUGAAUAAUUGCAGUAGACAGCUUCGUAUAGUCGAGAAACAUUGAAGGCUUGGGCUGCCGUAGCGCAAGAAUGUUUGACCUUUCGAUUUCAAUUUGAUCCUUAUCUUGUACACAGCUUGACUGAUUCUGCUUACUGAAAUGCGACUGCCCGAAGAGGAGAAAAUAGACGUAGGAAACUGAACCAACAAAAUAAGUUCAAAGGAAGUUUUCACGAUGGAUGACAAUUUCUUCUGCGUGAACUAAGAAUAUGCAAUAUUUAGGAGCAUUCAAAUAGCGAAAUUUCCUAAUCGAAUCGAAUCGAACAUUAUGGAAAUAUGUCCUGCGAAUGCGCAAUAUUUUCUCAUUUCUAAAAAAAAAAGACGAGAUAUAAAGCUAGUAUGGACUUCGCAUGGCAAAAAAUCAGUCUUAUUUACAUUAUUUCACACAUUAUAGUGAUGCCGUUCACAACAGACGGUCAGCUCAGUUGAGGAGCUUGUAAACGGGAAACAGCUGUUUUCUGAAAUCGGCUCUUUAGCAAGGUAGUCAUUAGAAACGGUUAAUACCUGCAUCUAUCCCUCUCCCUCGAGGCUCCAGAAUCGUUGCUAUCCGUCAUAUUGUAACAGAAACAAAUUUUCGUCAAUAUCGAACAUUGAAUAUUGAGUACGAAUCGAAUAGGUAAGUUUAUUUGAAUCGUUAUCAAAAUUUCGAACACUGACAAACUCCUAAUAGCUUGGUUGUGUUAUUUUUCUAAAUUUUUUUCCUCUGGUAAACUAAAUGUGCCUUUUACUGAUGUAUACAAAGUAUUGCAGUAGUGCACACGCUUACUCGUCAAAAAGUGUGUUACGCUGCAGUAGAGUGAGAUUCAGUCACAGCAACCUCGUCAUCUGCUCAAAACAACACUGUCCGCUUUAUAUAGAGUUAUAUAGUGUAGAGGCAUAUUAUUUAUAUGAAAAUGUGCCUUAUUUUGUAUACAUGUGCACCCUACACAAGGCAAUUAUUACGAAUGUGCAUAUAAUUACAUUUGUGUUUGUAAAAUGGCUCUUUUCAUUGCCCUAAAUAAUGUAAUUUGCCUCAAAUAACGCAAAUUUAAGGCCUUAUGUUAUGUGAGGCCUACUAAGGUUUACACCAGCCUGUGGCUUUGUCUAUCUACUGCCUACAAAAGAAAAAUGCAGUCGCUAUGCAAGACGCCGUAUAGUCAAACGUUCCGAGUUAAUUUGGUCAUGUGUGUUUUAUCGAAAUAGAUUGGCUAGCCUAAACUAUUUGAUAUCGCUAGUCUGCUUUUAUUUUUGUCUCCGUUCUCCUUGUGUACAACACGGAAAAAAAAAGGAAUGAACUAGGAGGGAGCACUGUGCAACACGAUCUGAAGCCAAACGUGAUCGUCACGGCAGAGCGUGCGGUAUAAUUAGUGAUCUAGCCCUGCUGGAAGAGUCCCUGCAUGACAGCCGAACAAGUGCGCAUCGAUUGACAACUACCAGGAGCCAGAAAUUCUCGGUCACUCGGUCGAAUCUCACAGGUCACGUUUUGAGCCGACACUGCUACGGAAAAAGCGAAAGGGAUGGCUGGCUGCGUGACGUGAUGACCGCUCUCUGCUAGUUUAUUUCCUACCUCCAUGGUGAGCAGUGCACGUGUAAUCCAUCCCCAGCUUUGUCAUCUUAUAAGUUUCUAAGGUGCGCCGAUGCGAACUCUCUGCUGGUAAGUUAACCACACCUCAUUCGAUUUUUCAUUACAAAUAAAUAUUUAUGUCUUUGUGUGAAACUUGCCUGCCGCACUGUGGGUUCUCUUUCUCAGUCAACCGCUAGGAGCGCGAUAUGCUGUCUGUUCGUUUUCUUUCGUCCAGCUCAUUUUCAUUACAGAGGUCUUGUAAGAAAUAGUGACUAUGGUGUACUAGAACAUGAUCGAGUGGACAGCAUGGUGCUAUUUCCCCGGCAAGAAUACAGUACCAAUGGACCCGCGAACGACACCCAUUCUUUGGAGCCACAUUGUUCGCCAAGGAGCAGGUGUGCAACGAAACUGUCUGUGACUGUGCCGAAAGUCUUCCUUCGCGAAUAAACAGUUUAUUUAUUUCUGACUGUGUCCCUUCAUUUAUGAAUGUUUACUUAGAAGUGGUUAAAACGAAAUUUACAAAGUAACAAAGAACACGUU